AUGGCUAGUGACGAGAGUUUUGUAGUGUUGGUUCAUCACAGAGGAUCGAUUAAGAGAAAAACACGAUCCGGUGUGAAGUUCACCAAUAAGGAUCCUUUCAGUAUUUUUAUGAGGCCUACGACAAGCUAUGAUGACCUUGUUAAUUCUGUGCUACAGAAACUUGGUCUGGAAGGCGUGAAACGGGUUAAGAAGUUUUUCUAUCGGAUUUCAAUCUCGGUGCGACAAGAAAUCGUGAAGUAUGAUUGUUUCACGAUCAGGAGUGAUGAGGACUUGCAUGUCAUGCUUCAUUGUCGUCGGCAGUUUCCCGAAGUUAGGACACCUGAACUGUUGGCGAAGUUGGUUGAUGUGGUAUCCAGCUCGGGGGGUUCGAACUGGAAUACCCACACCGUAGGCACGGUAGCUGGUUCUAGCUCCAGACCUGUUGGUGUAUGUUCGUCUGACCCUGUGUAUGAACCUCCGGUCGAGCCUGUCGCCUCCCCUCACGAUGAUGAUGUGGAGCCGAACAUCAUUGCUGAUGACAGCAGCGAUGAUAUUGGAGCGAGUGAGCCAGCUGGGGCGGGAGCUGCUUUAGACUUGGAUGCCAUGAGACAGGAAGGGGUUCCUGGGGAGCCUGAUGGAUUUGGUGCUAGAGAUGCCGAAGGGUCUUCAGGUCUGACAGAGUUUCAGGUUGGCCAGCAGUUUCAGGAUAAAGAUGAGUACAAGGUGGUGGAGUCUGACUAUCGCCGGUAUGUUGGGAAGUGUUCUGAGUUUGGGAAUGCAUGUACAUGGUUGAUUAGGCUAAGUCUCCGGCAGCGCAAGGGCAUUUGGGAGGUCAAACGAGCUGAUGCAUCCGUUAGCAUCAAGGUGCUCCUGAAUGCGACGGUAGCACACUUUGGGUUCAAGCCGACGUACAGGAGGGUUUUGUUGGCGAAGCAGAAGGCCGUUGCCCACAUCUAUGGUGAUUGGGAUGAGUCGUACAACGAGCUCCCUAGGUGGGUGUUAGGAGUUCAGCUGACGAUGCCUGGUACUGUUGUAGUCCUUAAGACGAGCCCAGUUCGAGUUGGGGGCCAGGUGGAUGACUCACAAGCUUAUUUUCACCGACUGUUCUGGACGUUUCCACCAUGUAUUGAGGCAUUCCGUCAUUGCAAGCCCUUGGUGAGUAUUGACGACACCCAUCUUUAUGGCAAGUAUGGGGGUACAUUGCUCGUCGCGAUUGCACAGGACGGUAACUCCAACAUUCUGCUUGUAGCAUUUGCACUGGUUAAGGGUGAGAAUGCUGAGUCUUGGUCCUUCUUUCUCUCCCACCUCCGUCAGCACGUGACCCCGCAAUCGGAUUUGCUGGUUAUAUCAGACAGGCAUAACGGCAUCAAGGCUGUGCUUGAGGCUCCGGACGGAGAUGGCUACCUCCAGCUGCCUACCGUGCAUUCUGUAUUCGACAUGUGGCAGCAAAUUUUGCCCUGA